AUGUUGAUAGAAUAUGAAAACUUAAUUAAAUUCAACGAAAAAGACGGCGAGAUUUCUGUCUCGCCGUCCUUAUAUCAAAAAGAGAGAAAAGAGCCCUGGAAUCGAGGUUGUAUCUACGAAAAAGUUAGCAAUUAUCAUAUUUUUUACUUGUCAGUCAAUGGAGGAUGGAGUACCUGGAGAUAUAGUGAUGCUUGUUCAAGGACCUGUGGAGAAGGGACAAGAACAAGAACACGUUAUUGCAACAACCCUGUACCGUCGAAUGGAGGAUUGCAGUGUGCUGGAAUGAGCACAGAGGAAGAGAAAUGCAACACAGCGGCUUGUUCUGUCAAUGGAGGAUGGAGUACCUGGAGAUACAGGGAUGCUUGUUCGAGGACCUGUGGAGAAGGGACAAGAACAAGAACACGUUAUUGCAACAACCCUGUACCGACGAAUGGAGGAUUGCAAUGUGCUGGAAUAAGCACAGAGAAAGGGAAAUGCAACACAGCGAUUUGUUCUGGUAGCCUUUUUAUUUUGAGAGAAUGUUUUAAUACUCUGAAUGCGUAGAAUAAACAUAAAUUUAACGAAAGAAUUGCUGAUAGUAUAU